ACUUGUAAAACGUUCUUAAAGUUUCAUGGAAUCAUUCAGUCAGUUUGUGCGCGAAGAGGAGAGCAUCCCUGUGGUGGGUUACCAAGGCAACAGAUGGGACCAAGGACGCUGCAGGUCACCUGGCUGUGUGUGCUGGUGUUAGAGGCGUUCGGCUGCCCGGAUGCCUGCGCUAGGUGCGCGCUCACGCCCGCUGACCAGUGUGAGGAAUGCAGGGUUGGGUGGCAGCUCCAUCAACACACCUGUGUAGAUGUUGAUGAGUGCGAUGGUGAGCCGGGCCGCUGUCCUUCCAGCAGCUACUGCGUCAACACAGAGGGGUCCUUCAAGUGCAGAGACUGUGACCAAGCUUGCGUGGGCUGCAUGGGAAGUGGAGCGGCUCGCUGUCGGAAGUGUGCGGCCGGCUUCAGGAUGACCGGAGCCAAGUGUCUGGAUGUAGACGAAUGCAGCGACCUGGUUCUGGCUUGUCCCGGUCUGAAUGAGAUUUGUAUCAACACUGCUGGUUCCUAUCACUGCCAAUGUGCCGAGGGAUUCAUUGCCAAGGACAAGGCCUGCGUGAAGAAGCAGCUUCCAGGAGUUGAGGAGAAGGGACUGUUUGAGGACAUCCAGGAGGAUGAGGUGGAGGUUCUUCAGCAGAUGUUCUUCGGGGUGGUCCUCUGUGCUCUGGCGACUCUGGCCGCAAAGGGAGAUCUGGUCUACACAUCUGUCUUUGUGGGCGCCGCCGCCGGCAUGGCAGGUUACUGGCUCUCUGACAGGGGACACCGCUUGUUAGACAACCUCGUAAAGAGGUGAAGUUGUUACUCUUUCCUGUGCUAAAACUAUCUCUUCAUUCAUAAGGGAAAAACAAAUGAAGAAACGUAUAGCUGUGUGCUUUCUUUAUGUAGCACUGACAAAAGAUGUCCAUGUUAUGAGACAGUUAAACAAGUCUCGGCAGUUAAAGCUAACACUUCAUUAUGUUUGUAUGUGUAAUGA